GCUCAGUCACACUCCUUUCACGUUCAAUACCGAGCAGCAACAAGCAAUUGUAAAAAUGUGAAUUUCAACUGCGCUAUUCCAACAUUUUUGACGAGGAUAGGAAACUACUGGAGAAGGGAGAUUGCGUUGGAACGAUCCGUUUAGAAUGUUAAAGGCGGAAAUUGAGAGACUGACGGUUGUUUUAUUGCAGGUGUGAUUACAGCAUGAGUCCAACUGGUGACAGGCCCUGUUAGGCCUGAACAGACGGUGUGUGUUGGUGGAGGCUCAUCAGUCUCCAGUAUGGAGUGUUUGGUAUGAGCCGUGGCCUGUCUGUAGCUUCUUCGGCCGGUCCAGUGGUGUGGUGGCCCUGUCUCUUGGCGGGAUGCUGAGGGCUGGUGGUCCCCACCAGUAUGACUCCCCUGGACAUGUGGCUGUCCCGCUCCAUUCCCAUGUGCCUGCUUCUCCAGAGCCUGGUCCUCAUGGCCCUGUGCUUCCCCUCCGCCUCCAUGUGUCCCAAGGGAUGUGUCUGCCAGCGGGCCCGACCCGAUCCUGGCCUCCACCUCGGCCCGGGGCCCCUGGGGCUGCUCCUUGGCCUCAACGUCACCUGCACUGGGUCCCGGCUCAAAGAGAUCCCCCCGGACCUGCCUCCAGACACCGCCGUGCUCCGCCUCGACCACAACCAGAUCAUGGCUGUCCCCGACCACGCCUUCCGGGGCCUAAGGCUGCUGCGGGAGCUCAAUCUGUCCCACAACGCUGUGGAGACGCUGGGGGAGGGCGCCUUCAGUGGCGUGGAGGCCACACUGCAGGUCCUCGACCUCUCACACAACCGCAUCACUAGUGUGCACAAGGAUGCGUUCGCCAGGCUCAAAGCACGGGUCCUGGUGGACGACAACCCCUGGCACUGUGACUGCACGCUGCAGCAGGCACUGGGCGGCAUGGCCCACAACCAUGAGGCGGCUGCACGCGUCCUCUGCCGGAGCUCCGAGCUCCAGGAGCAGGAGGGACGCCAUUUCCUGGCAGUGGACACAGACCUGUGUAACCUGGCCAAGAGGACCACAGACUACGCCAUGCUGGUGACGAUGUUCGGCUGGUUUGCCAUGGUCAUCUCCUACGUGGUGUAUUACGUACGGCAGAACCAGGAGGAUGCCCGGCGACACCUGGAGUACCUCAAGUCGCUCCCCAGCAAGCCUGUGAAGCCCAACGAGGUGGAGGACAUCAGUACUGUGGUGUAACAUGAUAUCAUCACUACUGGACACUAUAGGACAUCAGUAGUCCGGUGUGACAUCCCUAUAGUGAGAACUGACUGUAUACCAUAGAAUUAGAUUGUCUAAUUAGUUCUAGAAUUAGAAUGACUAAUUGGUUCUAAUUCUAUGCAUGAACAGCAGAAGUUCCGCCCUAAACCCGGAGAUAGGACCCAUAUUUCUAGUGUUUACAACUGGUUCCAAAUUUCAAGAUGGAUGUAACGUCUUCUGUUGUGAAAAUGUUUUUAUUUUGUCCUACCUGUGGUGUACUUUUAAAAAAUCAUGAUAGAUUAAACCUGGAUCCUUGUAUUUGAAGCUUCACACUCAAUAUGUGUAAAUUACAAAAGUAAACAUUGAGAAAACCCCAUUUUUAAAAGAGGAGAAAUGCUUUAAAUGUUAGCGUUUGUCUGUUGGCAUCAAUCUAAAGUCAAGCAUUUUGGAAUGCACAGCGUACAUGUCAGAAUAUAGACACCGGCAGUUAGUUCAUAUCAGAGUAGCAGAAAGGUAUAGAAUGUGGGUGUAACACAGGUGGCUUCAUUGAGAUCUGUUCUGAGAUCUGUUCUGAGAUCUGUUCUGAGAUCGUUUAAAAAAAAUCUGAAUCUCAGGUUAAAAUUUUGAUAGGUUGAUAAAUCUUUUUUAGAGCAAAAUCUGGAGAAAUGGUUUGUUGGACUAAACUUUUGUAAGGUAAUCUGAAGAGUGUUCUGUGUUUGUGCAUCCAACUGCAUACUUUGUUUAAUUUUAUUUGAACAAAUAACGGGCCCCAAACAUCAAUCAUGAAAAUUACCUUAAAUUUUCAUAUGUGAAAUAAUGGAAUCAAUGAUUUGUUAAAAUGACCACGACAUCACAAUGUUGAAAGACUACUGAUGUGCUGUAAAAAUACUACAAAUUCCUUCAUUCGCUUUGUCAAGUCCCUGUACUGUAUGUUGUUGUUGUCUUGAAACGACAAACUUGAUACAUUGCAUCUUAGUAGAUUUGUGAUGGUCAGAUAACGUAACACAAUGUUUUUUGGGGUAGAUAUCAAAUGACCCACAAGAGACUCGGUAGAUUCAAGUGAUUUGUAUGUGUGUCAUGUGAUUUACCAGUACACUAGUAGUGUCCAAGUUCUCAUGUCCUGAGUCCGAACAAGCUUUUUGUGUUACAUGUUAACACAACAACACCCCAAAACAAUACUGUGCAUUUGGUUUUUCUAUAAAAAACAAACAUUUGCUAUGAUUUUUUAUGACUCAGUCUAUGCUUCCUGAAAUAGAAUACAUAUUAAUAUUCUGAGGAAUGUAUCUCACACAAAGCUUCCUCUCUCAGCCAAAAUGAAGAUAUAGUUGGUGUCCCAAAUGCCAACCUAUUCCUUACAUAGUGCAUAAAGCACUAUGGAUCCUGGUGGAAGUAAUGCACUAUGUCGGGAAUAGAUUGCGACACACCCUCAGCGUCACAAACCUGGCGAUGGGAAGACUAAUAAUUUCAACACAAACAUCCCCUUUCUAUUCAACCUCAUGCUGCGUUCAGAAUGCAGAUAGAUGCAUGCAUCAUUUACCUUGCCUUUAGAAACACUGUGUGUACAGUUAUACCCCCAGCAAAGUGAGAAGAGCAAAUUGCAGCUGUCAUUCAUUAAAAUGGAUUUCACUUCCAUCACAGUGACAAGGGUUCACUAAAACAUCCCACAGAGAACGAGAUGGAGAGAGAGGGGAGGGGGAGGGCUGGUCAGAGAGGGAGAGAGAGGGAGCGAAAGCGAGAGAUGAAGAGAGAGAAGAGAUAAGUGAGGAAAGGAGUGAUAUGUGCAGGAAAGUGAGAGAAUGAGAAAAGUAAAAGAUUCUUUCCAUAUUCAAUGCGGAUAAAAUGUAUGUAUUUUGAAAAGGAAUGUUUACAAAGUUGAGUUUUUUCCCCCAGAGCUGCAAGGUGGUCAGUUCAUUUGGGAGGAUUUGAUGAUACAAUGAGCACAGGUAGUUACAACAGGUAGUUACAACAGGCUGUUACAACAGGUAGUUACAACAGGUUGUUACAACAGGUAGUUACAACAUGUAGUUAUAACAGGCUGUUAUAACAGGUAGUUACAACAGGCUGUUACAACAGGUAGUUACAACAGGUAGAUAGACACACAAGUAGGCCUAGUCACAUCAAACUAAAUGCAAAUAGGUACAUUGUUGUUGUGUGUGAGAAGGAACUUGAAAUCCCUUUAAAUCGUUGCAUUUGAAUGUUGUGCUACUGUACAGCAUUUUGCACUGUCUUGUCCUGUAGAGCGGAGGCCAUGAGUUCAUGCCUCAUGGAUUUGUAAUGGGUUUAGGAGACUUUUUCUUUCAAUACAUGUACCGUACUGCAAAUGAAGAAAGCACAGUGUAGCCAAGCCAAGGAGUCUGGAAGAAUAUUUAAGUGCCUGAAAUUCUUAUCUCACAUUUUCUGUUUCUCAUUUUAACCAAAUUAUUUCACAUUCAGAGUCGGUUUCUGGACAUGAAAGAAGAAAGCAUAGCAUUUCACAGACAAAGGUGUAUGUGUUUUGGAAUCCUUUCAUGUCCAGGAUAGUGUAUAUAGACCCAACACAAAGGAGAAAUGAACUCUUUAUUGUUUGCUUUGAAAGAGCUGAUCGAAGUGAAAUGUACUUUGAUAUCCUAGUUUUCCACUGUCUCACUCAAAAGACGUGAAAGUAACAUAAAACACAGAGAAUGUGGUUGUUGUCUUCCUUCUCUGCCUGUCAAUUUACUUUUCUUUAGGGAAAAAAGCUGAAGCUUUGUGAUAAAACUCAAGACCUAGCACUGAUAAAACCAUCCAUACAUUGUAAAGGCAUGUCAUAAAUCGAAAUAAAGGAAAUAUGGACACUCUCCUCGUGAUUUAUUGUCACUUAGCUUUGGAUGGUCACCACCGUUCAAAAGUUUGGGGUCACUUAGAAAAGUCCUUGUUUUUGAAAGAAAAGCACAUUUUCUGUCCAUUAAAAUAACAUCAAAUUGAU